GAACGAUUUAGAGGUUGCACUUUUUUCCGGGUGUCAGCUGUGUGUACAUCAUUUUGCAAUGAGUUUUGAGUGGCCCUGGCAGUAUAAUUUUCCUCCGUUUUUUACGUUACAGCCCAAUGUUGAUACGAGACAGAAACAGCUUGCAGCAUGGUGCUCCCUAACUUUGUCCUACUGCCGCCAUCACAAGCUCUACACUGUGGACAUCAUGGAAGCCCAAGAGAGCCCUGUGUUCAACAACAAGAAUAUUGAUAGAAAACUAUCAACGGACGCCAUAUUAACUGUUUUUGAGGAAUUGAGGAAAAAAGGGAACCUGGAAUGGUUAGACAAGAAUAAGACACGGUGUCUGGUCAUGUGGCGGAGGCCUGAAGAAUGGGGCAAACUGAUUUACCACUGGGUCUCUAAAAACGCUAUGGUCAAUACAGUGUUUACACUCUAUGAGCUUGCCAAUGGUGAUGACACAGAAAGUGAAGAAUUCCAUGGAUUGGAGGAGUGGAUGCUGAUUCGUUCGCUGCAGGCCCUGCAGACAGACGGCAAGGCAGAGAUUAUAACCAUGGAUGACGGAAAGGGGGUCAAGUUCUUCUGAAGAUGCAUUGCAUGGGAAACUGAUCAAGUGCUCUACUCAAAGUGGGAGCCUUUAUCCUUGUCGGCUGAGGGUCCUGCCAGUCUGGUCCCAGUUCUGUUUGCGUUGUUAACUUCAGUGAUAGUUAUUCUGGCAAAAGCAGCGAUUAGAAUGCAGACAGAUCUGGGACCAGGGUAAGGAGGUUUCUGCUGUUUUAAAAGGCUAUUAUUUGUACCCACCUAAGUGGUUAAUAAUAAUGGUGCUUAUUUUGGUUUAGGAAUUUGACAUUGGUUCAAACAAGUUUAAAACAUGUUGCUAUUAGAAGGGAACCAAUCUAACUAGUAAAUUCCAUCUGCAGGAACAGUUUAGGAAGUGACAUCUGUGGAAGUCACCUGGGAAUCUUCUGUACAGUAAACCGGUGUUGUCCAUUACAUCAGAUGUGGGGGGGAUUCUGGGGGGGAUAGUCCCAUACCUCUAAAUCUGUGUCUAGGUAUUUGUGGAGAGAGACAAUUCCCACUAUCUGUAACUUUCCUAUUUUCUUCUGUUUUUUUAUUUAUAACUUUUUAAUUCUCAACCUUCCUGUGUAACACUAUACUCUGAAAAACUAGUUGGGGUGGUGAUGGUGUGGACUUCUGCUCUCUCUGCUGUAUUGCUAUUCUUUUAACACCAGUCUUUCCAAAUAAAUCUGUCAGGACAUCCUGGUCCUUGAGACAUUUGGGGUGGAAGAAAACAGACCAGGAUUUUCAUGGUCGUGACAGGACCGUACAUCCUGGUUUAGUUCAUCUGUAACAAUAUCAGUGGAUGACCAGACUGCUGUAUACCCUUAUCACACAACCCAUGACACUCCUGCACAUUCUUUCUUUGUAUUCUAUUCAUGCUUUUUCUUUUUUUUUUAUCAAUUGAAUACUGUAAGAAAUUAAAUGGGGGAAAUGUAUUUGCUGUUAUGAUUGAGGACUUUUCUGUACAUGACAGUCUGAUUUCACCUAUUAAAGGAACAAUUAAUUUUGCAUAUAAAA